UGCUCCUCUCGGGCCGCUGGGGGAGCACAGCUCAGCACACUGCACGGGACGGCGAAAAAAAGUCAAAGGGUUAACUCGGACACACAUGCGGCGGUGUUUUGAUUAAAAAACCCAUCCAAGUGUACAUUGAAGCGACGUUAUUAUUCGCUGGAAGAAUUUUCCUUGAUAUGGGAUAUAUUUUGAAAAGUACACACGCACGUAGUUGAAGGAUAUAACUCCAGUAUGCGGCAGUUUUGAAACAAAGGGGUCUGGUCCGGAGCGCCGUUGUCUCAGUGGAUUGGGGCCCUUUCUGGAUGGGAAAGAUGGAAACGGAGGGGCAGUGGUGGAAAAGCCAGCUCGCAGCGGACAUCCAUCAGUCUCUGCGAAUUAAGGAGCUGAAGUUGCCGACGUACCAGGCCCACUCUCCACAGAUAGGGAUGCGCCGGUACUUUGCCGACCUGCUCGCUGUUCUCAGUAACCGAUACCAGCUGUGCCCUACAGCACGUCACCUGGCCGUCUACCUGCUCGACCUCUUUAUGGACCACUAUGACGUAGCGGUGCGGCAGCUGUACGUCAUCGCCCUCUCCUGCCUCCUCCUGGCCAGUAAGUUUGAGGAGAAGGAGGACCGUGUGCCCAAACUGGAGCAGCUGAACACUCUGGGCUUCAUGUGCAGCCUGAACCUCACCCUCAACAAGCGGGACCUCAUCAAGAUGGAGCUGCUGUUGCUGGAGACGUUCGGUUGGAACCUGUGCAUGCCCACACCUGCCCACUUCAUUGACUACUACCUCCACGCUGCUGUCCAGGAGGGGGACCUACACAACGGCUGGCCCCUCUCCUCCCUGUCCAAGACCAAAGCUUUCAUGGACAAGUACACACACUACUUCCUGGAAGUCUCUUUGCAAGAUCAUGCCUUCCUGAGCUUCAGGCCCUCUCAGGUGGCAGCUGCAUGCAUAGCUGCGUCCAGAAUCUGCCUGCAGAUCUCCCCCAGCUGGACCACUGUCCUCCACCUGCUCACGGGCUACUCCUGGGAUCAUCUGACGCAGUGCAUCCAGCUCAUGUUACUCGCUCAUGACAACGACGUAAAAGAGGCCAACAAAUCCAAAUCCUCCCCUUCCGCCGGUCAGAGUUUCCAGCCACAAGCUCUCAUCCCCCCCAGCCUCGCCACCCCCUCUCUGCAGAGGCAGCCCACCUCCAGCACCCAGCAGCUGCUCCUGCAGGCCAGCAACUACCCACAGCUCUCCCAACACUCGCCGGCACUGUCCCAGCUGCACAUGCUGGCCGACUGCCAGGCCCUGGGACCGGUGGGCUCUCGGGAAUAUCUGCAGCCCCACCAGGCCAGUCUGCUUUCGGCCUCGAUGCCGGCCAGCUCCUUCGCUUCUUUCCCCAGCUUGGCGUCGGGGCUGCGAGGCUUGCCACUCCCGGGUCCCAUCUCCAUGCAGGUGAGCAUGGGACCCGAGCGCCACUGCCUCGGUCUGACUUACGGGAGCGGUUACUUAAGCUCCCACCACACCUUCACAGCCGGCUGCUUUGACAGGUGACGCCAGGAGAGGGAGGACAAACUCAACCUUGGGCUGCCACCGUCCUCCGCCCUCUCCGCCCCCGAGGGGAUUCGUCUUGGACGACGACGAAGACUUUCCAAACAGAAGGCCAAGAGUCGAGCAGACCCCACAGAGGUUAUAGUAUUAACUUAAAAAACGGCCUUUAAGCUCUCGUUUUUUUAGCUUUGGCUGCUUCCUUUUGGGAUUUUUAUGAACUGAGGAUGUCUAUUUUUUAAGAUUAUUUAGCCAAGUGAGGACCUUCUUCCAGUGCUGUGCCACAAACUGUCGACCUCAAAAAAAGAGGAAGGAUGCUCUUUUGACUUAGG